CGCUGGAAGCGGAUCGAGCGUGUUUCUCCUCCUCGUGGGCGAUCUACGCGCGGCGACCUGGUAACGUUUCUGCUGGCUCCGUUAUCUAUCUCGGGACCAGGUGACUCUGCACGAGAUCUCGGAUGAUCACCAUGGCGACUCGAGACACGCGGCUCCGAUAGCACCCCCGCGAUCGCGAUACGGGAUUAUAAAUCGGAGCGGACCCGUGCCGAGCGGGCGAUCGUCGUUUCGGAGUGCAAAGGAAGUUCCUCGUGGAAAAGCUGGUCAUCGUGUUUUUUUGCUUGUGUACCAGGGUGGGGAUAGUUUCUGGUGACUCCCCUCGUCUCGAUUUUCGGAGUGUAUCGUGAUCCUCGGUCCCCCAUCGCGGCAGUGAGACUCGUCGUGGAAGUGAGCAACGUUGAUCGGUGAGGAAUAAUCGUACGCGAUCCAAGUACCAUCGAGUUUGCUAUCUGUUCGUCCCGAUUCGGAGCAGGAGAGCUUCAAAGGACCCGCACUCGAGCCGCGAAGGCUAGCCGUCGGACGCCAGGACAGCGACAGGUCCCGAUCCCGCGGACCGGGGGAUCGAUAAGGAUCGGUUCGCGCGAUCUAUCGUCGUCGCGUCUAGCUUGCUCCGAUUGGAUACCAACGGAACCAGAGUGCUUUUCUCAAGUGUCAGUGACAGUUCUUGUGUGUUUUCCGUUCAAGUUUCGUGCGAUGUACCUCGACCACGCCGUCUUCGUCUUCCAUCUUGCGUAGUCGGAGCUCGGAACUUCACGAUGGAGUGCCGCAAGGGUCGACGGAAAGGUCUACUCAGUGGCCUGGUGUUUGCGUGGCUCCUAACCAGCGGUUGCAUCGUCGCGGCGCGAAAUAUAGAGAGGUACGACACCGCGUACGCCUGCGAGGGCAAAACAUUGCUGAUCGAGUGCGGCGAGGGAAAGUUGAUCCAUCUCAUCAGGGCGAACUACGGGAGGUACUCCAUAACGAUAUGCAACGAGCACGGGAACACCGACUGGAGCGUCAACUGCAUGUCGCCCAAGUCCUACCGUGUGCUGAACAACGAGUGCAACAAUCAGCAAAACUGCAGCAUCGUUGCGUCCACGACGCAAUUCGGCGAUCCUUGUCCCAACACGCACAAGUACCUCGAGGCGCAUUAUCGUUGCGUGUCUGCGGCAACGACCGCGACAACGUCCCGUCCGAGCCCGCCAUGGCUCACGACUUCGCAGCCGAGCGUUUGGAGCACAGCUAAGCCGACUGUCAGGCCUCCCUCUAGGAUUACGACACCCCCGGCUCAACAGCAGCCCCAGCCGCCGGCGCCGUCCACCCCGACGCUGCCAAUAACCACCACGUCAAGUCCCACGUCGACGAGGUCCACGAUUGAUAUGGAUAUCGUCGAAGUGGACCAAGACUUGAUACUUCCCGCGAACGUUCCGUCUGCGAAUGGUCCAGCGGUGCCUCCAGUCGUUCCUGAAACCACUCAGGCCCCAACGUCGACGACCAUCCCCCCUUGGAGAACGACUCGAAGGACCACUGUGCCCAGCACGCUCUACCCGGAGUCCAGCUCGAACGGGCAAUGGUACGACUACGGCAGACAAGUGUGUCCCCCGAUGAUAGCGAGGAACCUCUCCUGGAACAUGACCAGAGCCGACGACGUGGCCGUUCAGAGCUGUCCCGGCGGUGCCAACGGUCUGGCGCGCUGGAAAUGUCUAGCCAAGGGUGACUCGGCCUUCUGGCAUCGCGACAGUCCGGAUCUCAGCGAGUGUCGAUCCGUCUGGUUGACCACCCUGGAGAAUAGGGUGACAGAAGGGGAUGUCAUCCUUGGCAUCAGUCGAGAACUAUCUCAGGUGACGAACAACAGCAGGGGUCUCUACGGAGGCGAUAUGAUGAUCACGACGAAGAUCAUGAAGAACAUGGCGGAGAAGAUGGCCCAGGACAUUAGGACGUACCAGGAUGCCAGUCAGAGGGAGGUCAGCGUCACGGAGCUCCUGCAGGGCGUCGUCAGGACGGGCAGCAACCUCCUGGACAAGGCGCAGAUGGCGUCCUGGAAGGAUCUCAGCCAUCAGGAGCAGAUGAGGGUCGCGACGUCACUCCUCACUGGACUCGAAGAGAACGCGUUCUUGUUGGCGGACACGCUGAUGCACGAGAAGACGAUCACCCACGAGGGAAGGAAUAUACUGCUGGAGGUGCGAGUGUUGGACGCUCGAAACAUCGGCGACGAUCUCGAAGUCUUCCCCACCGAUGCUGCGCAACAAAGGUGGGCAGCCUCAAACGAUCGGGUGGAACUGACCAGAGGCGCUUUGCUGGAGAACAGUCACGGCGGUAUUGUCCGUCUAGUCUUCAUGGCCUUUGACAGACUCGAGGAGAUCUUGCAGCCGCAAGUCGAGGUAUCGUCGCUGGUCAUGAAUGACGAUCCCCAGCCGCUGCCGAAAAGGAACACGACCAGGCUUCUCAACAGCAAAGUGAUAUCCGCGUCUUUGGGCAAAGGGAGGCACAUACAGCUCAGCGAGCCCGUCAGGGUCUAUUUCAAGCAUCUCUCCAUUGAGAACGUCACCAAUCCGACCUGCGUCUUCUGGGACUACACUCUGAGCGCGUGGUCGGAGGAGGGUUGUCAGAUACGCAAAACGAACGAGACCCACACGGUCUGCGAGUGCAACCAUUUGACGAACUUCGCCGUUCUCAUGGACGUCCACGCCGUCAGGCUGGACAUCGCUCAUCAAGUCGCCCUGCAGAUCAUCACCUACAUCGGUUGCAUCAUUUCCGUGGUCUGCCUCAUCCUGGCCAUCCUGACGUUUCAAUUAUUUCGCGGACUGAAGUCGGACCGCACCACCAUCCACAAAAACCUCUGCGUGUGCUUGCUGAUCGCGGAAAUUUUAUUCGUUUGCGGAAUCGGUCAAACGAAUCAGAGAAUUGUCUGCGGCAUCGUCGCCGGACUCUUGCACUUCUUCUUCCUCUGCGCGUUCGCCUGGAUGUUCCUCGAAGGAUUCCAAUUAUACGUGAUGCUGAUAGAGGUCUUCGAAGCGGAAAAAUCAAGGCUCCGCUGGUACUAUCUGGUCGCUUACGGUGCCCCGCUCCUCGUAGUUGCUAUAUCGUGUAUAAUCGAUCCUCUCAGUUACGGCACCGAUCGAUACUGCUGGCUGCGAGCGGACAACUACUUCAUCUUCAGCUUCGUUGGGCCCGUGAUACUCGUUAUACUGGCGAACCUGGUGUUCCUGUCGAUGGCAAUUUACAUGAUGUGCCGGCACGCGAACACAACGGUAGCGAUGAAGAGUAAGGAGCACUCACGAUUGGCCAGUGCAAGUGGAAAGGAAGAGAAUGCUCUUCCCAACAAAUUGCAAGCGCACUUGGCAUGGCUGAGAGGCGCAAUCGUCCUGGUAUUUCUACUGGGGCUCACCUGGACGUUCGGGCUCCUCUACUUGAACCAAGAGUCCGUCGCGAUGGCGUACAUCUUCACCAUAUUGAAUAGUCUGCAGGGGCUGUUUAUCUUUGUGUUCCAUUGCGUUCAGAACGAGAAGGUGAGAAAGGAAUACAGGAAGUUCGUGCGCCGUCAUUCCUGGUUGCCCAAGUGUCUGAGGUGUUCGAAGACGGUGACAGGUGGAUCCGGCGGUUCAUCUGGCACCAGCGGCGGCGCUGGCGGAGCAAACGGCGGCAAGGACUUCACCUCUCACAACACCUCGUCGAACCCGUCAGCGCCGACUACCGACAGCUCUGGAUUGUCGCCGCACACCGCCUCCAAUUACCUGGCGUCCGAUCGAAGCUGGGCGAUAGUCGAUAGGCAACCGGCAGUAACAGUGGCGGGUGAAUCCUCUCCAACAGAGGCUCACAUCGUGGCCACCCUGCCGUACGCCCGUCACGCCUUCUUACCCUCAGCUCCCAAUAUCCCCAAAUCUGCCACCGCCACUUGGGGCCACCUUAACAAAAACCUCAUGUGGAAGAACAUUUCUUUUAAAUCGUACUCCCGCGACUCCGGACACGGCGGCUCCGAGCAAGAGGACUCGCCGAGGACGCACAACACCUUGACGUUGGGCCACUCGGGACGUAAUCGUAGCGCACGGGUCAUGAACGAGACCAACGAGAUCAGCGGCACGAGGACCACUGGCGGCGGGAUUGGCAGACGACCGCCGAUACCCUACAACAACACCUACACGGAGAUCAUCGACGGCCGUGCGAACGGUCCCGGUCAUCACCAGCUGCACGGUCAUCACGGCCAGCACGUGCACCUUCCGCGUGGGCUGGCGAACGAGGACGAUCCGGUUUACGAGGAGAUCGAGCGCGGUGGCAACGGCGGUGGCGAGAUUCAGGUGUCCGACAUGUCGGAUGAGGACGGCAGGAGGCAGAGCGACAUGAGCAGACAGUCCUCGAGGAGUUACGGGGAUCACAGGCCGCUGAUACCGUACUCGCCCGCCACGGAUAGGAACCUGGUGCACUAUGGACAGACCCUGACGGACCGUGGCGGCGGGAUCCACUACGACCCGUCGGAGUACAGCCCCGCGGAGCGGACCCUGAACGCUUGCUGGGAGAAGAUUCGCAAACAGCAGCGCGGCGAGCUACACCGUGUGCCCGCGAGCUACGGCAUACCGCCCCAGCAGGAUCACACGCGAACGGUGGCGGUCCUGGACGGCCACACCGUCGUCUGUCACCUCCAACCCCAGACGGACAUGUACACCGGCCGUGGAAUGCCACCACCUUCCUACAGCGAGUGUUAAGGCGUGUGUUCACGUGACAUUAAAGUCGUGGCGUUUUGAAGUCACGACCGGUGCGAUUCGCUGAUGUUUGACACGCAGUUAUCCGUGUCACGGCAUUUGUCGCCGCGAACAUUGGCUCGAAGUGAUGUGUGAUUUCGACCGGUACGUUUAGAGGGAAUCAUUUUUUGCCGUGGACAGUGAGACGUGCGUAGAUCCCGUGGAAACGUUUCGAGACGAGGAGUCUUUUUUGUUUAAUUGUUCUUCCAUGCUCUGAUCUUUUGGAGAUGUGCGACGCGUCGCGGGUAUACUAUACUUGUAUACUAUUCGACGGGGAAGGGUAAUAUAGCUCUGUUGGGACUCGAAGAGUUUGACUAUCAGGAGUAGGAUCGGGAGAUUCGCCACCGGGGACAAAUGUCGCGACAUUGUCGUGGCUCGAUGUCACGUGAACACGCAGCUUUAGGACGCGUCACCCGCGGCAGGAACCCGUCGUCUUCGUCUUCCCGCGCGAGGACGAACGCGGACACGCUCCUUGCCGUCGUCGACGUCGAUCGAGGAGUCCACGAACCCCGAGAGUGGUUCGUUCGCCACGAGUGGGCCCGCGAUAUGUGGGAGCAGCUCUCGGUCACCGAGGAUUUGGGAGACGUCCAACGUUUCCAGCCAUAACGAUCAAAAGCCCAGGCAACCUCUCCUUCGUUUCUGUUUUCUUCGCGAGGCCGCGGAGAACUCGACUACGACGGAUGCGUGUCCUGUCUCGAGUGCGUCGAUCGCCCGUUGAUUCAAUUCUCUAUCGAUAGAACUAAAUAGCGGACCUCUUGUUUAGAGUAAGUCGUCGUUGUACCGUCGAAGCUCACCAAGGUGAACGAUAAAACGUGACGAGUCCUCUUGGGCCACCGAGAUCCGACGGAGAAGACGCCGCUGGGGACGGCAACGAGGGACACGCAGUGGUGGCUAGCUAAUUGGGAUGCGUGGUUUUAAGAAACGGAUGUGACUUAUGUUUCGUGGGAUUGAUUUUUCGCAUAGACAGAGUGUGUUGAAAUAUAGACAGCCUUAUCAAUAUUCGUAUCCUCUACGUCUUUUAAAGAAGCUUGUCUAAAUUAAAUAAUAGGUUUGAUAUUUUUAAAUAAAUGCUUCGUUAUAAAUAUAUACAUGGAUAAACUUGACACUUGUAUAUAAUGGAAACUUUAUUUGGAAACAUCAAACCUAUCAUUUAAUUUAGACAAAUUCCUUCAAUAAACACAGAGGGUACGAAUAUUUAUGGGACUGACUGUAGAUGAACAUUCUACAUAGUGUUGCAUAAUAUGAAUUGCAAACAUUUAAAUUUAAUAUUUAACACUAAACCUACCACAGAAGGUCAAAGGACCGUUUUCAGAAUUUUUUGUGGUUUUUUGUGUAAAAUAUAUAAAUUAUACUCAAUUGUUUCAUGUUUCAUUCAUUUCAUAUAUUAUUCAAUUUAGUAACACGUGAAAUAUCUUUGUAUUGAAUCGAAAAGGGUGUCUUUAAGACGCGUCAUUUAAUCGAUCGAGAUAGAAGUAGGUACCAAUAAAAUGGUAGGUUUAGCGUCAACACUUUGUUGUCUUUCAUCACAGACCAAACCAAAUCUUCAUAAUACAGAUUAAUAUAGAGA